AACGGAAGUGACUUGCCCAAGGUUAGUAAGUGGAGGAGGAGGAAUUUUUGCUGAGAUCUGAUGAUUGACACAACCCAUGCUUUAAACCACUGGACUGCAGGACCCCUCAGUGGUUGGCAAAGCUAGAAGUUUCUGCUUUAGGAAUCUAGCCUGUGACGUCUGCAAGUCGGAGUGCAAUGGCUCUCAUAACCCUCUGGGGUUUGUAGGGCUAACACAGUCAUCCCCUCCUCUGAAUAUACAGGCCGGAUGAAGUUCAAGUUAUGAUUUGAUCAAAGUGCCUUUUGGUACCACUGGCUCUUGCUUUGAAAGGCAGGACACUGCAGAGAGAAGAGAGAGAGAGGAGCACUCACUGGCUUUGAUCUCCCUGGUGUCUGAGCAUAGGGAAAGCACAAUUCCUUCAAGAUGCCGAUGAAGCACAGGAGAAAAAGCUCGGCAAGUAUCCAGGAACUUUCCGAGAAGGUCACAGAGCGGCUGGCUGAGGCUGAGCUUCGGAAGCUGAGGCCGCAGUUCAGGAAGAUGGUGGAAAGUCGGAAGUCCUUCAACUUCCGCUCCCAGCAGAAAAUCUCAAGCCAGCACAAAGAAAUCAAGGCCCUGCAGGGAGAGCAGAAUGAGAACACUCUGCUUUCGAGUCUCAUCAAGUCCUCAAAGAACUUGGCUCUGAAUGAGAAAAACUAUAUGGAGCUGUGUUUCCUGCUGAAGACCAAGGAGUAUGAGGCCCUGAUUAAAUCAAUGAAAGUGCUGUUGGCCGAACUGAAUGAGAAGAUUGUUCAGAUGGAAAAGAAAAUUAUAAACCAAAAACAGAUCUUCGCAAAGAUACAGGAAGCCAAUAAUCCCCGGAAACUGCAAAAACAGAUCCAUGUUUUGGAAACCCAUUUGAAUCUCGUCACCAUGCACUUUGAUAAGAAGCUGACCACCAAUGCCAAGCUCCGGAAGGAGAUUGAGGACCUGCGUUAUGAGAAGGCUGCUUAUGACAAUGCUUAUCAGAAGCUCCAGCGACUGCUGGAGCGACAGAAGCUCUGCUUGCUGAUGCAAAAGAAAACCACGAAUGUGGCCAUCGAGCAGUCUGCCCAGGCCAAUGAGCAGAGGCUGGAGGCCAUGGCUCGCUUGAAGGACCGCCAGCAGAAGGACAUUGCUCAGUACAACCUGGAGAUCCGAGACCUGGAGCGUGUCUAUGCCCACGAGACCAAGCUCAAAUCCUUCUUGCUGAUCAAGCUGAAUGAUCGUCUGGAGUUCGAGGAGCAGGCCAAAAAGGAGGAAGCUCUCAAGGCAAAGAAGCACAGGAAGACGGGCAAGGGUGAGAGUUUCGAGAGCUACGAGGUGGCCCACCUCCGGCUGCUGAAGUUGACCAAAGAUGGGAACCUGAAUCAGCUCAUUGAUGACUUUUUGGCCAAAGAGGAGAAGAACUUUGCUCGGUUCACGUAUGUCACGGAGCUCAACAAUGACAUGGAGACCAUGCACAAGAAGACCCAGAGAAUCCAGGACGAGAUCAUCUUCCUGCGAUCCCAGCAGAAAUCAUCCCAUGAUGACAACCGCUCCACCCUGAAACAGUUGGAGGAGAAACUGAAGAAAACCACAGAGGAGGCGGAUAUGUAUGAGAACAGCUACAAGGAAAUCAACAAGACCUUGGAGUAUCUCAAGAGCUCAGUGGAGAAUCUGUUUAAAAAGAUUAAUUGUGAUGCCACCGAGAUCCUGGGGCAUUUGGGGGAGACAGGGAAAAUCACUGACAACAACCUCCCACAGUACUUUGCCAUCGUUGAGAAGAAGACCAACGAUCUGCUGCUGUUGGAGUCCUACAAGCGGAUCUUGGAGCUGGAAGGGGCAGAGACAGACAUGCCGCCCUUCGUCAACCCUUUCUGGGGUAGCUCCGCCCUCCUCAAGCCUGCAGAACAGGUCAAGGUCAUCCCCCCAGUGCUCGGGGCUGACCCCUUCAGCGACAAGUUGGAUGAAGCAGAUCAGCCUCUGGACCACAGCAGCCUUCAGCAGCUGGUGCUCAGCAACCAGUUACGAAGCAGGGAAUUACACUCAGACAGCAUACCAGAAAAGGGGGAUGAUCUGAGGCUCAAGAAGAAGUUAACGGUCUGAGGCGGAUGGAGCUACAUUUGUACUUUAACCAGAAUAAAUGUUUUGUUCUGUAA